UUAAAAGCCACGCUGUCGUCCCACGGCUUACAGUAGUCAUCACAUCGUACCUUCAUCCUCACCGUCACCAUGUUGUCAUCUUUUAUCACUCUCCUCACUCCAUGGAAGGCUCAAAAACACAUCAACGACGACUUCACCUUCAGGCUUCAUUACAGACUCACCGCUUUUAUUCUGCUCGUCUUUAGCAUCAUCGUAACUUCGCACCAGUUUUUCGGGAACCCAAUCCGAUGCCUAUCACGGAACGACGUACCUACUCCCGUCAUGGACACUUACUGCUGGCUGCAGACCACGUACAGCAUCGUCGGCGCGUGGGACAAACCCGUCGGGAGUGCCGUGCCCUAUCCCGGGGUCGACGUCCGCAGACCUUCCGAGAAGACCGUAGAACAUGCCUACUACCAGUGGGUAGGGUUCGUUCUCUUCUUGCAGUUCAUCCUGUUCAGCAUUCCACGCUACCUCUGGAAACGGGUCGAGUCUGGUCUUAUCGGAGAACUGGUCCUUGGCCUCCAUAAUCCUAUCGUUUCCGACGAAGAGCUAAACGCUAAGAGAAACAUCAUCGCGAACUACUUCAAGACUCACGGAUUUAAGCACCAGGUGCUGUUCGCGGCUUACUCUUUCUGUCUCCUGUUACAACUCCUGAACGUGUUCGGUCAAGCGGUACUCGUGGACAGGCUUCUGGAUUACCAGUUCACGAAGUUUGGCAUCAGCGUCGUUGAAACCUCGUCGGCUUCGGCUACCAGUUUGACGAGAAUAUUUCCGAGGAUGGCUAAGUGCAACUUCUACAAGUAUGGUUCGGGCGGAGGCGUGCAGACGUACGAUGUCGUCUGCCUUCUACCCAUGAACGUCCUCAACGAAAAGGUCUACGUGUUCCUCUGGUUCUGGUUCGUCCUGCUUGUGAUAGUGACAUCUCUGUCGGUGAUGGCUUAUUUCGUGAUCGCGGUGUCAAAGUCGAGUCGCCUUUUGGUGUUUCGAUUUCGCGAAGGGUUACAAGCCGGAGAUGAACUGCGAGGAGUCAUCAGUUAUUUCUACGUGGGGGACUGGUUCGUGUUGUACUUGCUGUCUAAGAAUAUGGAUUGGUACCAUUUUAAUGAGUGCGUGGAAGCUGUACAAUUAAGUUGCGUGGAAUCGAAAAUGUCACGUGUGCCUCGAACAGAACGAAGAUCUAAAAAUGUAAAAGAGCUACAUGUGUGAGCAGCAUCCGUGUCGGUGUUCGCGUUGCAGUAUGGGAUGUCAUAGUCCGUUCAUGGUAAAAAUGAUACGAAUAAAAUGAUGCGAUAUCAGUUA